AAGGAGGGGACGGCCUGAAAAGCUCGGACCAGGCUGGGUUCGAUCGCUCAAUAUUCAUCCCUUGGCCGAACGAGAGCGCCCGAGAACAGCGGCUCCAGACGAGGGCACGAAUCGACCCUUCCUUCCUUUGCGUCCUCGCCCGCGGAGCUGUUCGAUCGCGGCACCGUUCCACCAGAAGACGGAGAACAAGAUCAGCGGGAGGAAGCAGAACAGCCCGAGAAAGGGAUAUUUCCACGUCGUCGUUUGUUCGUUGUGAUAUCGCGGGAGAGAUACCACUCUCCAUCUUUCUUACUAGACGAACAGCGGAAUGGAGGGCAAGAAAGUUGAACAGUAUUAUUCUCCGCCACCGCAACUUGGCAAAUGGGAAGGUUUUAGGGUCUUUGUAUGGAACUCCGAGACUGGACAGUUCCUGGGGCGCACAGGCGCUAGCUGGGCCAAGAUCUUGUUAUUCUACGUUAUUUUCUAUGCGGUACUAGCUGGUUUCUUCGGGGCGAUGUUGACCGUUUUUUAUCAAACAUUAGACCCGAACGCGCCGAAGUGGCAAUUGGAUGCUUCCUUGAUCGGAAGCAAUCCUGGACUUGGUUUUAGGCCCAUGCCCCCUUCAAGCAAUGUCGAGAGUACUUUAAUUUGGUACAAAGCUAGCGACGAAGGCAACUUUUUGCAUUGGACUAGAGAAUUGGACAAGUUCCUCGAAGAGUACCAAAAGCCUGGUACCUCGACAACUAAUGUCCAGAAAAGGAUGAUUUGCGACUACGGGAAACCCCCAACUGCCGGCAAAGUCUGUGACGUAGACAUGUCGAAGUGGGGACAAUGUACGAAAGAAAACAAAUAUGGCUACAAUAAAUCCGCUCCUUGUAUUUUCCUCAAGCUGAACAAGAUUUUCGGCUGGAAACCAGAAUAUUACAAUGAUACAAAGAACCUGCCGAGCACUAUGCCAUCCGAUCUUCGGGAACACAUCAAACAAGAGGAACACGCUAACAGGUUAGAUACCGUGUGGAUCUCGUGUGCCGGUGAAAAUUCAGCUGAUGUCGAGAACAUGGGCGCGAUUCAAUACAUUCCACGUCGCGGCUUCCCUGGAUACUACUUCCCCUUCACAAAUACCCCCGGCUACCUUAGCCCCCUUGUAGCUGUUUUCUUCGAGAAGCCUAAAUACGGUGUGCUGAUCAACAUCGAAUGUAAAGCCUGGGCGCACAACAUCGUCCACGACAGAUCUGAUAGGCGCGGCUCGGUACAUUUCGAAUUGAUGGUGGAUUAAGCGUAGCAGUUGCUGCUUUUUACAAGACCACUACCAACGGCGUCCAAGAAAAUAUAGGAGGAAGGAGAAUAAGAGAAAUUUCUUUUUUAAUCAAUCUCACUGGCGGAUCGUGACCACUCCUUCUUCCCUCCGGUUCUUUCUGCCGACGAUACCGCCCCUAUCUGCGCAUUUUCUCGUCGUUUUAACACAGUACAGAAGCUCACGAUCAUCCUCGCCAUCCUCAUCUUCGUCGUGAUCUCCUCCAUUGAAAAUCUCGAUCGUCGUUUCAUAAUCGCCGCGAUUCUCAUUUAUAUUUAAAAAAAAAAAGAAAGGACCGUUGUUCAAAUGCAUUAUCCGUUGUAUGUGUUCGUUUCAUUCAUAAUCGCGUAAUCGCUUCCACGAGCAAAAUGAUUGUAUUUCAUAAAACGAUCAAACGGACCAGUGGAAUUGGCUAUAUACAAGUCGUGUAUAUAUGUGUACACACACACGCGCGCGCGCGCUAAUGCACGUACACGUGUAUCAACGCGUGUCAACAGAAACACACAUACACGUACACACACGUACGCGAGUACGCGUAUGUAUCAGGAUGCACAAAAGGAAAACAGUUUAGCGGAAAAAUUCUGCACAAAAGGAGCGGCGGUAUCUCUUCUUUCUAUCGGGGGCGAAGGGGAGUGGUCGUAGUAUCGUGAUCUUUAAGUGUGUUAAGAGGUUUCGCUUACUAUUUUUGCCCAUUUCGCGAACUUUUCGCUUCUUGUCACGUUCAUUUCUUUCUCUCGGUCUCGUUGCGGGUCAUGGUGCACACGCGUGCACCCUUUGUUCCUUUCGUUCUUUCUUUUCGGUUAGUUUCCUCGAGCUCGUUGGUCGUUCGCCGUGUCAAUGAGACCGCUAACGUGUAGGGUACACCGAGAAUAAUUGAUACUCUUAGUUUGUGCCACGUAGACGUAUUAAAACGAGGAAAAAAGUAAGAAUAAAGAAAUAAAAAAAUGUUAGUAUCUUUACGCCCGUUCGGUUACGGUGCACCCGGCACGUCGGAACUUUUGAUUUCGAAUUCCACGAAGAAGCUCUCGGACACGGCUCUCGGCGAAUCUUGAUCGAAAGUUCCGUCGUCUCGGGAUGGGAAAGUGAGUGGGAUGAUGUCCGAACAGUCGAAAUUCACCAAACACACAUACACACACGAAUACGAAAAAAAAAAAAGAAAAAAAAAUGGCAAUGGACAAGUCGAAAGAAGUUUGCCAAUAGACUCGUUGAAACGAGGGACAGCACGAGAUUGAAAGGAUCGGUUUCAAAGGACGAAUACAUAUGGUUGCUACGAUGUGGUUUCGUACGGUGGAACUUUUGAUUGGAAAUCUCAUAAUUUUACAACCUUUGUAAUAAAUGUCCGUGUUAUUGUUUGAGAAAGGUGUGCGAGCGGUUUUCUAAGGUUUCGCGUGAAACAAAAUGCAAAUGAACCUUUUAAUUCGAUUAGUGAUCAAUUGGUCGUGGUUAGAUUUUAAUUUGAAGUUCCGCCUGUACGGAGGCAGGUUACUAACACUGUGUUAUAUACAGUGGGCAUAAUUAAUGGUGGUAACGUAAAAGUAAUUGAUAAUUAGUCAAACGGAAAGUAUUAAUAAAAUAGAGAGGAAGAAGAAAAGAAGAAACAAUAAUAACAGAUAUUAUCUUUCAUUAUCGAAAGACUAAUACGAGAAAGAACAGAAAGCAAUGAAUAAGUUUUAACACGUGGUUCUUUUUUUUUUUUUUUUUUCGUUUAUGUACGUAUAUCGAAAAAAAAAAUCGGACUUUAUUCGAAUUGCUCAAAUAUUUUAAAAGGGAAAAUCGAGAGGCUUCGGAAUGAACGAAGUUUGUGAAAAAUCGGCUGUUACCGCCAUUAACGUGAAUAAAUGUAUAUAGAUACAAGACUCGAAGCAAAUAAGAGUGGAAGAUACUAAAAUUGCGUUGGAUUUCGAUUUGUCGAGAAAUAGCGCGCAGUUUGCACGGAAAAAGUUUAAUCAGCCUAGUGAUAAUCGUACAACACCACGUAUGGAAUAUGUAUUUAUGAUUAUAUUGUACCGCAUGAUAAUAUCUAGCGCUAGUC